UGUAAAAAUAAAAGUUCAUAGAGUAGGCGUUGAGUAUACAGCGAAUAAAUACGAAUCAAAAAUCGGUCGAGCAAGCGGAACUUCUGAAUUGAAAGCAAAUCCUAAUCGAGAUGGCGAAGGAUACGGCUGAUAAGGACAAGCCUGCGUACGCGAUCUUCUUUGGCUCGAUGGGCGCGGCAUCGGCCAUCAUCUUUUCGGCCUUGGGAGCAGCAUAUGGAACUGCCAAAUCCGGCACUGGAAUCGCAGCCAUGGCCGUAAUGCGACCCGAACUCAUCAUGAAGUCGAUCAUACCCGUGGUGAUGGCUGGCAUCAUUGCGAUCUAUGGCCUGGUGGUCUCUGUUCUGAUAGCUGGAGCUCUGUCGGAUUCUUAUACCAUUCGCAAGGGCUACAUCCACUUGGCCGCCGGACUUUCGGUGGGUUUUGCCGGUUUGGCAGCUGGAUUUGCCAUUGGCAUUGUGGGUGAUGCCGGGGUGCGGGGCACUGCCCAGCAGCCACGCCUCUUUGUGGGCAUGAUCCUCAUCCUGAUCUUCGCCGAGGUGCUGGGACUUUAUGGACUCAUCGUCGCCAUUUACCUGUACACCAAGUAAUACGAAUUUUCUACACAACAAAGCUAUGUUUCAGCCCUCAGUUUGAGAGAAAUUUAAAAUAAAAUGUUACAUCUAGCCUUUUUACUA